AUGGACCGAAGCUGUCGCCCCAUGGAGAAGCGCGCAUUCAACCUCGACAAACGACAGCUUCAGUCCGGCGGCGAGGGACAGUCGGUCACAGCCGGUGGUGGCGCCUCGGCUGCUCGUUAUAGCUGCGACCCUUCCACCUGCCAACUACCCAACUGCCACUGCGCCGACACCAACCCACCUGGCGGCCUCGACCCCAAGGAUGUUCCUCAGUUCAUCGUCUUCACCGCCGACGAUGCAGUGCAGGACUACACGAUCAAGUCGGUGGACCAGUUCCUGGCUCAACGCAAGAACCCCAACGGAUGCAAACCCGUCAUGACCUACUUUGUCUCGCUCAAUUACACCAACUACGCCCAGGUCACGGAGCUGUACGUCAAUGGCAACGACGUGGCCGACCACACCAUGACGCACCAGGAACAGCCUGCCACCAACGCCGAGAUCGACGGCAACCUCAUCACGCUCAACGCGCUCGCCGGUAUCCCGUUCAAGUCGAUCACUGGCUACCGCGCUCCCUUCCUCAACUACAGCCGUGGAAACCUGGAACACCUCGCUGCGACCAACUUCCUUUACGACAGCAGUUCGACGGCGUCCGUCCCCGUAACCGACCCCAACACGGAUGCCUUCUGGCCGUACACGCUCGACAAUGGCAUGGCCAACGACUGCAACUCGGUGGACAACAUCUGCGGCGGCCAGCCCAAGCUGCCUGGCUUCUGGGAGAUCCCCAUGUAUGCGAUCUUUGACGAGCGCGGAGCCGCUGGCGCGCACCUGAUGGACCCGUGGCUGGACAGUGCCAACGCCUCGGACGUCCUCUCCUGGAUGCAGAACACCUUCAUGGACCACUACAAUGGCAAGCGCCAGCCCUUCGGAAUCUACACGCACCCCAUUCACCUGGCGACCGGCUACCCAGGCCUCACAGACCCCGUGGACCAGAUCAAGAUGCUCAACCAAUUCCUCGACUGGGCGACGACCUCUUCGUCCAUGCAGAACGUGUGGAUCGUCAGCAACGAGCAGUUGCUAGCAUGGAUGCGCAACCCCGUCCCCGCGAGCCAGCUCAACACGCUGGACGCGUUCAAGUGCACGACGCCCGCCGUGUCGCAGCGCAUCUGCAACGGUUUUGCCUCGAACAACAACCUGCUCGAGCACUGUAUUUCCAACACGGCGGGGGAUGCGCUGAACAACUCGCCGUUCUACACGUGCUACGGGUGCCCGGAGACGACUCCUUCGCCUCAACAGCCCAACCCGCCGCAGAGGAACAACGACAAGACGCUGCGAACGCGCAUUCCGGCCAACUGCGACACGCCGUUCUGGGACCCGGUCGGGGCCAAGUGUCUGUGCACGGGUUCGGCUUGUGCGUUCGACGAUUCGACCCGACCCAUUGGACCGAACGGCUCGAACCUGACAUCGAGUGGAUCGACCAACACGGGCUCGAGCGCGGGCGCGGGCGGUUCGCCCAGCGCCAGCUCGGAUCCGUACCGCACGUUCAGCGGUGCUACGGCGAAGAUGCCGGGCAGCGUGGUGGGUUGGACCGUGUCGAUGGUGGUCGCUGCUGUGGGUGGUGCGGCGAUGGUGUUCAUGUGA